AUGAACAACUCUAUGGAGAAACUUGAAACAAUAAACACAGAAGAUAAAAACAUCAUAAUGCAAAAUAAAACAACAUCAGACACAGAGAUAUCAACAAGCAACAAUGAACAAGAAAGUCAAUUAGAACAUCAAAUAGAAUCAACUGAGGACAAGCCAAAUAUGGAACAUGAAAAUGUACCAGUGGACUCACUUGCAAGUCUGUACAACAAUGUAUGGGCAAACAAUACUGAUCUUAUAGAUAAAGAGAAUAAACAAGGUUUUACAGUAGUUUCCAAAAAAAAGCAUAGAAAUAAAAGCAGAAUCGCAAUCCCAAAAGUGGGAAGAACUACAGUCCUAGAGACAUUAGCUCCCUAUACAAAAGCCAGAGGACUGCAAUAG